AGUGAAGUUUUGUCCGUCCUCAUUCCAGUGCCGGGGAAUGCAAUCAUUCACCUGAAAUUUCCUGAGCUGCGCAAUCAGACGCUGCAGCUUUUGUUUCCUCUUCAUCACGGCUCAGUGGGAGGAGCGGGGCGCUAUAAAGCCACAGGUGCAGGUGGACCGAAGGUGCAGAGAAGACGUGCACACACUUCCAGACAUGGCAAACUGGAUCAUCAACAACGGGUUUCCAGCUGUGAUGGUGGUGGUCUGGAUGACCCUCAACACAUUCCUCUUUGUGUGGUAUUAUCUCUACUAUGACCAAGAUGAGUCGUUUUACUACACACGCCACUUGUUAGGGUCAGCUUUGGCCUGGGCCAGAGCUCCUGCAGCCGUCCUCAACUUUAACUGCAUGCUGAUCCUCCUCCCAGUGUGCAGGAACCUGCUGUCUCUGAUCCGAGGCUCCUUUGUGUGCUGCAGUCGAACAAUGAGGAAACAACUGGACCAAAAUUUGACUUUCCACAAGCUGGUGGCGUACAUGAUCGCUCUCAUGACAGCGGUCCACACCGUCGCCCACUUGCUGAACCUGGAGUGGCUCAACAACAGUAAGCUUGGCCUUUACGAUGAGCUGAGCACCGCUCUGUCCAGACUAGAAGAUGAAAGAAACGAGACCUUCCUGAACCCGCUCCAACACAUUGAUGCGGAUCCACAGCAGAGACCCACUCACUUUGCCUUCACCUCCAUCGCCGGCCUCACGGGGGUCCUCAUCACUCUGUCUCUCAUCUUGAUCAUCACCUCCUCUAUGGAGGUGAUCAGGCGGAGCUACUUCGAGGUGUUCUGGUACACCCACCACCUCUUCAUCGUCUUCUUCAUCGGCCUCGUCUUUCAUGGAUACGGGCGCAUUGUGAGGAGUCUUCAGGACGAGCCUCUGCACAACACCACUUUAUGUAAAGAUCGCCCUGAUGACUGGGGAAAGGUUCCUGAGUGUCCCAUCCCCCAGUUUGCAGGAAAAGAACCCGGGACCUGGAAGUGGGUGAUUGGUCCAAUGAUAAUCUAUGUCUGCGAGCGUGUGCUGCGUUUCAUUCGCUACAUGCAGGCAGUGCAAUACAGAAAGAUUGUGAUGCAUCCGUCCAAAGUUCUGGAGCUGCAGCUGAGGAAGAAGGGCUUUAAAAUGGAAGUGGGUCAGUACGUCUUCCUCAACUGCCCCAGCAUCUCCCAGCUGGAGUGGCAUCCGUUCACCAUGACCUCUGCCCCCGAGGAGGACUUCUUCAGCGUCCACAUUCGCUCGGCCGGGGACUGGACGGACAAGCUCAUAGAUGUCAUGCAGAAGCUUCCAGAAGGAGAGCAGGGGCCCAAGAUGGGCGUGGACGGACCUUUUGGGACCGCCAGCGAGGAUGUGUUUGACUACGAGGUUAGCAUGCUGGUCGGCGCUGGCAUCGGGGUCACACCCUUCGCCUCCAUCAUGAAAUCCAUCUGGUACAAAUUCAAAGAGUCCGAUCCCAAGCUCCGCACCAGAAAGAUUUAUUUCUACUGGCUGUGCCGGGAAACCCACGCCUUCGAGUGGUUUGCUGACCUUCUGCAGGUGUUGGAGAAGGAGAUGGAGGAGCGAGGCUUGGGGGAUUUCCUCACCUACAAGCUCUUUCUGACCGGCUGGGAUCAAGGCCAUACGAAUCAAGUCAUAGUUCACUUUGACGAGGACACAGACGUGGUCACAGGACUCAAACAGAAAACCCACUACGGUCGACCUAACUGGGACAAAGAAUUCGAUCAAGUCCGCAAAGAAAACCCUGCGUCUGUGGUGGGAACGUUCCUCUGCGGCCCUGCAGCUCUGGCAAAGGUCCUGGAGAAGAAAUGUGCCAAAUAUUCAGAUGUGGAUCCUCGCAAGACAAAAUUUUAUUUUAAUAAAGAAAACUUUUAAGAGCAAAUAUAUCUCCCCCAAACAUUUAGAAAAUAUCAGGCUGACUCUGACAAGGACUGACGGUGGUAAAAAGGUGUGACAGGUUCUUUUUCCCGUCAUUUGAUAAAGAUGAGGAAAUGCUGCCUGAUCUGUGCUCCUGAGUGACUCACUGUGGCUUAUGGUAAGCCAUUAUUGUAAAUAUUAUAUUAGCUUUCAGCUGCUCUGUCAUUAAUGUUUUAUUAUUGUAAAAAAAAAAUACAAUAUAGCAUUUUUAAACCAUGUUUCUUCACACUGUAUGAAGCUGAAUGCACUUUUAUGGGGAAUAUUUGGGGCAAAAUUAUUUCUUCUUGUGGGAGAACUUUAUCAUUUUUGUUUUAUUUUUGAAUAAAAUGUUACAAAAAAAUAGGAAAAAGGCUCCGUCAUGCUUAGGUUAUCAAUUUCAUCUGAGAUUUCUGACGACAUUUUCUAUUGUGCUGAGAAAUUUCCGGUUUAAACAUGUUAAACAUGUUUAACUAAUUGUGUCACAGGAAACUCAUUUGUAAAAUGAAACAUAUACUGGUUAAUAAAGUUUGUUUAGAAUGAA